CUACUUCCUUCCAUCAGUGCUCCAGUCACAGUCCAGUUCGUAUUGAGCUGGAUAUAUUCAUUCUCAUUCCCAUUUCAAAACAAUCAUCAGAAAAUACAGCUGGUAGAGCAGAUAUUUGUGGAUUGGAGCGGGCAGGAAGGAGAAAGUGAGCUCAUGAUUUGCUUGUGAAUCUUUUUCACUUUCACAGAAACGAAACCUUGCUGUCUGAGUGUCGGCGGCGCUGUGAAUGCGGGCGGGACUGGAGACCUGAAACGCCAUUACAUUACAUUCGAUACGCAAACGACAGGAAACCAAGAAAUCUGACAAUAAAGAGGAAAUGUUUAUGAUAUAUUGUGGCUGACGUCUCUAAAAGAAAUGUGACGGAUUUCUCUAUUUUCCGCUGCAGUUGGACCUCCAAGAAGUCCCAGUUUGUUCCGUUUGCAGAUGAGUCAGCAUGAGUGAACUGGAGGAGUUUCUUUCUACUUAAGUACUUUGAGGUGAAUCGUGGAGCACAGUGAUCGUGCAAAAGACAUAAUGGAAGACCUUCACAGCACUCCAGUUGAAAAAUGGACAGAGUCCAUGGUAAGCAACUGGUUAACCUCCAUAGGAGUGAAAGAAACUUACAUUAAAAAACUUUUUGAAGAAGAAGUAGAUGGCCGAAUACUCCUUGAAAUCACAGAGGAAUAUCUGAAAAAAGAGACUGGAAUGAAAUCUGGCCCAGCACAUUUGAUAAUUAAGAAAAUAAAUGAGUUGGUUAAUACUUUAAAAAAGGCUCAGAAGCCGAAGGAUAAUGCACAUGAAAGGACUGCUGAAAACGAUAAUCAUGGAGCAGUAUCCACCAAAACUAACUCAACAACCAGCACUCCACAAAAAGGAAAUGAGGAACAGGAUUCUUUGAUUGUACCAACGACAAAAAGGGAUUCAAAGCCACGACCUUUUGGUACAAAGGGUGCUGACUAUAUAUAUGUGAAGCACAAUGUUCUUUACCCUGAAACAGGCGUCAUUGAUCUAAUAACACCUUGUCAUGAGUACAAGGCAUUUACCACUGCUGUUAAAUUAGACCGCCCAAGACUUCAAGCAAAGUUGGCAAGGGAAGUUUUAAAAUUUGCCACAGGGUGCAUAAACAUGAGAUCAAAUGGCACAAUACACUUUGGUAUAAUGGACAGCAGGGAAAAUUCUGGCUUUGUGCACGGUGAAAUCAUUGGCAUUCCCAUCGCAGAAAAGGACAUGUAUGUUGAUGCACUGGAUCACAUUGAAAGGAGUUUCUCCACCUCUGACGGUGAGAUUGUAAGGCAGUGUAUUCGACCACCCGAAUUCAUUCUGGUAGUGGACCCGAACAGCAAAGACGAACACUAUGUAGUUGAAGUUGAUAUUGCUCCUUCCGUGAGCAUUGUGAAGAAUAGGGUUUUUUCAGUCCGCUUGCCCAACUUUAAAGAAAAGUCCAAUAAAGUUGAAUUUGAAAAAGGAACAAUUUAUCGCAGGACUGGCGCCAAAACAGAACCAGUCGGUGAUAUAAAUGAAUUUUACCAAGCAGUCCACGUCAGAGAUGCUCAAAGAGAAGAGGCAGAGCAAGCACAAUGUUUUACGAGCCCAGACCUUUGCCCAGAUCUUGGAAGAAAACUCAUCAUGCUUGUAACAAGUGGGAAGAAACUGAUGGAAAAGGAGAAGUGGUACAUUCUUGUCACAAACAAGUUUUCAAAGGAAGAUCUGAACCACAUCGAUUUUUUAGUAAAUAUGAAGCUAUUCUGUGUGUUUGACUUUGACCCAGAUUCCAUGGUGUCUGGAUUAUGUCACGAAUAUGUUAAGCAUCAUGCCGUGAACCUUCAUUUCAUGCAGAAUUACAAAAUUCCAAGUGGCUUGAGCAUCAGUGAAUUUGAGAGCCACCUCCACUUGUUUGAACAAAUAAGUUGGAUAUUUUGUAAUGGGCGAACUGAUUUCAAAGGGAAUGAGAUGCCUUGUGAUGAAAAUACUUGGUCUAAAACAAGGAGGACAUUUCUCAAGGAUUGCGUUUCAUUGAUCUGCAAGGAUAUUCUGCCCAAAGGAACCUUCCAUGUCAUCUUUCUUCUUAAUUCUCCUGUUGAUAUACCUCUGCUAAACACUUUCUAUGAGUUUUUCACUGACAUGGAGGGUCAUGACGACAUCAUAUGCAUCUCAGAAUCAGUGGAAAACUUUAAAAAAUGGCAGGCAUUUGCUCUUGGAUCCUGUGACAGUGAAACCGUAAACCUUAAGAGUGUCGUAGGGAUGAAAAUGAGCCACGUUAAUGCUACUCUCCAGAGCGUUCAGACCAACACCACUCGUACAGCCAAGCACUUAGCUGUUUAUGUCAAAGGGGAAUGCUGUCUUGAAACAUGUGAGGAGGAAAAAAUGUGCUCCUUGGAGAUUUUAGGUAGCAACCAAUGUGAUGACACCAGCCCUGAGUUCAUUGAUUUAGAGAAAAAAGAAAUCGAGAGACAGUUUUAUCUCGGAGCAAAAGUGACAUGGAUGAACUUUUGGCUUGCAGAGAAAAAGUUUGUUGGGGAGAUGAUUCAAAGAGAUGCAUACCACGAGGUGACCAAACUUCUGAGGGAUAUUCUUAAUUGGAGUCAAGAUCAGAUGCCCAUUGAUAACAUCAAUAUCUACCAUCAUCCAGGCAGUGGUGGUAGUACAGUAGCAAGGCAGGUCCUUUGGAACCAAAGAAAGGACCUGAGGUGUGCAGUGGUGAAACCAUCAUACUCUGCUGCCACAGUUGCCGAACAUGCUGUUAAACUUCGGGAGUAUGAAGAAAAGAAUCCACAGAAAUGCUUACCUGUACUCUUACUUAUUGAGGAUGGUGAAAAAGAGUAUUUGGAAGACUUGAAAAAUGAGUUAGAAGUAGCUAUUUACACCAAGAAGAUUGCAAUGGGAAUACCAUGCUUUAUUCUCCUCAGCUGUAGACGAUCCCACACCCCAGAGAAACUGUGUAAGGGGUCACCCCUACUAAAUGUCUCUGUGACUCACAAACUUUCAGUAGAAGAGAAAAGAGAGUUUGCAGGUAAACGGAUAAAACUUGAGGAACAGUUCCAGCCAGAGUUCAUCCUGACAUUUAUAUUAAUGAGUGAGGAAUUUGGACAUGAGAUCAUUGCAAAAUAUGUAAAACAGUUUGUAACACAUUUACUCCAAGACAUUGACCACAAGUCUGUCGUCACUCAACUCACUCGCUAUGUGGCUCUGCUCAACACAUACGUUCAGAACUCUUUUAUUUCUCAGUCACAUUGUGAAGCCCUUCUUGAUUUAUCUAUACGUGUGGACAGAUUUCGACAGCAUGCAUUCGAGGGUUCUUUGAGUGAGCAGGCUAAACUGGUCUUUAUACAUUUGAGAGAUGAACGGACCUAUAUUAAAUCAAUCAGAAUCAUUCAUCCGCUGGUUGCAAAGGAAAUUCUCAAUCAGCUUUUGAGUGAGAGACAACAACAAAGUGACCUUGCACUUGAUCUUCUCAACAAUGAUGUACUCUUCGAACACAGAUUUGGGAGAGAAGAGUACAUUAAGUUUCUUCGUGCUUUGUUCAUGAGACGAUACAGGAUUAGCAAAGGUGAUGAAUCGGACAGCUUUUUCUCUCCCCUCAUUGAAUAUGUAAGAGAAAAGGAAACCAGAAAGGCAAUUGAGCUUCUCAAUGAAGCAUACAAAAGAUUCAACAAGGAUGCAUUAUUUGCUCAGCAACUAGCUCGACUCACUUACAGUCAUGAAAGAUUUGAAGAGGCAGAACGUUGGGCAGACAUUGCAGCAAAUAAAAUGCCUAACAACUCCUACAUUCUUGACACCAGAGGCCAGGUGUACAGAAGAUGGUUCACAAUGAAAUACAAAGCCACAGAAAAGAUUCGCAAAACAGCAGAGAACACAGCAGAUGCAAUCGAAACAGCACUUAAAGCCAUUGAAUGUUUCCAAGAAUGUGAGAAGGUAGCAGUUGCAGACACUGAAACAAUGAACAAUUCAGGAUUCUUUGCUGUUGUAGAGGUGGGAUGCAGUUUGUUAAAGCUAAUCUCUUCACUUCCGGUGUUUUCAAACAAGAGUGAUGGCCGUUCUGAAUGCCUGAAAUACCUUCUCACAGACCACAUUCCAAAAGAGGUUGAGAAACCAUGGGAACAUUUUCACAGCAAAAUCAAAAAACUUCAGACCACCAUGCGGGAAGCAUUGGAGUGGAUAUCAGAGGACUUGAGUUAUUUUCAAACAGACUUGAGUGCAGAAGACCAAGAAUCUUCUAUAAGCUGUGAGAUGACAGUAAUUCACCCAAAGCAUUGGCUGGUAACCAAGUCUUCUGUUUAUGGCAAGUUUUUCAGUGAGGCUUAUAUGCCUAGUCAUUGUCAAUCAGAUCCAGCUACCUUGACUCCCUUCUUUAAACGCAUGAUUAUCUACAAGCUCGGUGGGGGAAACAUCACAACAGUCUUUUCCAUCCUUGACCAGAAAGACAAGGACAAGGUCAAAACUUUGGAGGACAUAAUUUCACUAUAUCCAAAAAAUCCAAUGCAUGCCAAAAUGCAUCAAGUAGAUCUGGUCAACUACAUAGCAUCGCAUUUUGCUCUAAGUGCUGUCUCACCCAUGUCACCUAGACUGGCUGCUCUAAUUGAUCUGCAAAAACUCAGCAACCUUUUCCCACACGACAAAUCAAGAUGCCUGUCGAGUGCUCUGUUUUUAUGCAUCUUGCUGUUUUGGCCAGAGGAGCAUGACACAGCUCGUGAAACAGAAGACAAAUAUGAAAUCGUUUUGUCUGCUCUCAAAUUCCUUCAGCGAACAUACUGGGCCAAAAUGAAGAUAUCCCAUAGAAGAAGGAGAAUUUACACUCACUUCUUCCUGGGGAAUGGAGGUGGAUAUAACAAAUUUGUCCACAAGAGUAAGAUUGAAAGUAUCACGAAACUUUCCGAAACCGUUUCAGAAAAGCGGAUGAAAUGGUACAGAGGGGAAUUGUGGAAAACGCCAGAAAUCGCUGCGGUGCUCAAACGCGUGAACGGUUGGACCGAAGACGGCAUUGUGUACCUUGAGGGCCCUAAGAUGAAUAAGUUUCCCAUUCAUCCACUCUAUGUUCACUCAGUGCCCUAUGGCAAUGAGAAUGUCACAUUCUAUCUAGGCUUCACAUUCAGAGGUCCUGUAGCGUACAAUGUCACCGCAAGAAAAUAGUCAAAUUAAACCUACCAAAAGGCUACAGAUACCUGGAAAACAAGAAAACGUGUGAACCGAAAUGGAAAAAGAAUCUAUCUUCAUAUUAUUUUAGCAAAACAGUGACAUCCAAGCAAACUGAGCUCUUAAUAAUGGCUGUUGAAUUUUAGUAAUAAAUUAAUGUCAAUAUCUAGUCUUAAAUGUUUACUUUAAUGCAGUGAUGCAUGAAAAACAAAGGAGCCUUUUAGUGUUCUUUUAAAUGAGACAUGCGAAUAAGCUUUUAGGACUCUUCUGCAUUCUAAGCACCGUGAUUGAGACGGUGAACAAAGCACUUCACCAUCACCUGUUUAACAAUGUCAAAAUCUGAGAAAAUAAUGUUAUUGGGUUUAAAAGGGCCAUCAGAUGAAUUGACGUACAUGUAUCAUUAUGUGUCAUUAUUCUGUCUGUUGAUGAAAUGGUGGUGUUUCUUUUCUUACUUAAACCUUUACCUCUCUUACUCUGUUUACCAUAUUUAGAUAUAGAGUAUGUUAUUGUUAAUUUUUCUUUUUAGCAAUUUUUUUUAUUAUUAUUAUUUGUGUGUCUCAAAACAUUUUUACAGCUUACCUUUGAUAUGCUGAAUUUAUGCUGAAAAUACUUUUUUUUAUUGCUAACUGACAUUGUGAUGAACCAUUUCACUGCACAUUAGUUAUGUAUUUGUUGUACUGUAAUUCAUUGUAUAAUACCAUUUUCCUUUGAAUUGUUGUUUUUUUGUUCUGCACAACCUUUGAAUAUAGUUCAUUUGCUCAAACAAUAAGCGUAUUCAAAAAAUAUGAAGGAAACUUGUCUUCUUAUGCACUUUUUAUAACCUUUGUUCAAUAGCAAAUUCAUUUUUAUAUUAAACUUGAGAAAAUAA